AUGGAAAACAGAAGGACUGAAAGUAAUGUUCCCGAGAGUGAACCAGAAGAGGAUAUAGAAGUUGAAUCGGAAGUAAUGAAAAAUGUGGAUGAUCCUGAUGUCAGUGUAGUCGACUCGGAAGUAGAGACACCAAAAUCCCAAAAACGAAAGUUAUUAAAAAAACCGAAAAUGUAUUUUGAAGAUAAUUUAUUAAAGUUGUUGGAAACUAGAAAAGUUGAAGAUCCAGUAUCUUCUUUUCUUAUGUCGUUGGCGCCACAAAUCAAAUUGUUAAAUCAAGAAAAACAAAACCAAAUUUUCAUUGAAUUCUUGCAGGUCAUACAAAAAGUUACAAAAAGUCCUAGCCAAAAUACACACAUAUUACUCCGGCAAUCAAUAAUGUUAAUUCAUGGUCCAUACAACCUCCUAUCUCAACUUUCUAUGACCGUUCUUAUGACGCAUAUUCGACCGCAACAAACCAUCGUCAACAUAAUAAUGUCAACAUAA